CAAUUACAUAACGAAUGAACGACCUUGGCUUGAAGACUUUACAGCAGCGCCUGAUUGUCAUGAUAAACUCUACGGACUGUCGUCUACAACAAAUGCAAAAUGGAUCGAUCAAAGACUCGUAACCAAAGUUAAGUGAAAGCCAUUCGGGGCUUGCAACUCCACGAUGGAGAUAUUUUUUGGAAAGGCUUGUAGCCCCGUGACUGUUUUAAUACUACAGCAGUGCUUUCAUCUUGCAAAUGGGCUUACUGUAGCUGGUGAUGACCCAUGGUACCAGAAGGCGAGCUAUUAUUGGCCGUUCAACACACUCAAAGAUCCUGGAAUUCUAGACCAAAGGGGUACCACAAGCGUGCAGGCUUACAGCAAGAACGGACUUCAACUGGAUGGGUUUCUAGGAAGCUGGGCUGACCUAGGAAAUUUCUCUUUUCACUGUAUAAGUAAUCCGGAAGCUUGUAAAACAGGGUUUACGGCAACUUUCUGGCUUCGAGUUGACGACCGUCAGAACAAACGAUUUGUUAUGCAGAUAGGUUCUGCCACGCAAGCUGUUGGAACAACGAUGCAAAUCGACGGUGACUAUUUUGGGGUUUAUGUAAAUGGUCGUGCAACCCAGCGACACGUACAAGUAAACUGGACCUAUGCGAGCUGGAUUUUCGUGGCUCUUUCGUGGAACAAAAUAGAUAACAAAAUUGGUGUUCUCCUCAACUGUAGUAGCGUGUCAUACGAGAAAUAUAAUGUUGGGGCUAGUUAUAGGUAUUCGUCAGUUCCGCCAAAUAAUAUGCUAAUACUUGGGGCGAGCAAUGCUCGGUUAAAUAGCAUCAAGAUGACCAUAGAUGAACUUGCUAUCUGGAAUGGUGUUUUAUCAAAACAGGAUGUUUGUUAUAUCAUGGAGUCCAAGGCAGUGGAUGGAAAAUACACUGAGUGGUCUAAAUUUAGUCCUUGUACGGUCACAUGUGGACUGGGUGUGAAAACGAGGAACAGAUCCUGCACGAAUCCUCCGCCAAAACACGGAGGCAGCUUAUGUCAAGGUUCCACGAUCGAUUUGGAAGAUUGCUUUCUCAGAGAUUGUCCUAUCCACGGUAACUACUCCGCAUGGUCGGAAUUCAGCUCCUGCACAUUUACAUGCGGAGGUGGUAAACAAUACAGAACUAGAACUUGCACUCACCCUAGUCCUCGAUACGGCGGACUUAACUGUUCAGCUUUAGGUCCUGAGCUAGAGGAAGUAGAUUGUAAUGAAAAUCCUUGUCCCAUUCAUGGCCGUUACAGUGGAUGGUCAGAUUAUAGUGAAUGUUCCACAAGCUGUGGAACAGGAACAAAGACCAGGACGAGAACAUGCACUCAACCAGCUCCUCAGUACGGAGGUAAAGACUGCACAAUGUUUGGGCCCACGAAUGAACAGCUGUCCUGCUUUGUUAAGGUGUGUCCUGUUGAUGGUAACUAUAGCAACUGGAGUGCAUUCAGUCUUUGCACAAAAAGUUGCGGUGUGGGAAAAAAAACAAGAACGAGAAAAUGUGAUAAUCCUUUCCCUUUUGGCGAAGGAAGAAAUUGUUCUCACCUUGGACCAGCAAUUGAAAGCCAGCCGUGCAACAUUGAGGUAUGUCCAGUCAGCGGAGGUUACACAAAGUGGUCUGUUUUCAGCCCAUGUACAAAAUCUUGUGCAGGUGGGACGCAUUUUCGGACACGCAACUGCACAAAUCCUAAACCUGAGGCAGGUGGACUGGAUUGUACACGUAUGGGACCCCCAAGGGAGGUGGUGCCUUGUAACACAAAACCCUGCCCUGUGGAUGGAGGUUACGGGGAGUGGUCUGACUUCUCAUCAUGCUCUCGAUCUUGUGGUGGUGGCGAGAGCGUCAGGGCUCGGCAAUGCAACAACCCUGCACCAGAAUACGAGGGAAAAGAUUGCUCGCUUUUGGGACCGGCAAGAGAGAGUCGUGAUUGCAACACAAAAAGGUGUCCUGAUAUUAGCUUUAUAGCGCCCGUCAGAUUUCCAGGCGAAACGUUUACUCCAGAUCUCAUGAAUAAAAAUAGUAAGAUAUUCCAAGCGCUAGCCAACAAGAUCAGGUACAAUGUGCUAAGUAUUUACGACGAAAAUUCUGCUCUGGACUCAGUUGAAGUCAAAUCGUGUGGAUUUGCGGACGCCUCGGGGCCUGUUGUACAAUGCGUUCUUCAGUUUAAUUUCAUGGCUGCUCAGUACAACGGAAUUAUUGCGUUACAAGACGCUCUGACGGUUAAGAAAAUGCUGCACAAAAUGGAAGCUAAAGCGGAAUACAUAAACAGCGCUGCCGUCCCUAGUGACGCCCCUGAAAACGUCACAGCUCGAAACACAAGCUCCCAAAGCAUCAUGGUCACUUGGAACAAAAUUCGGCCUCGCACCGUUGUUGGUGGGGAUAUCCUUGGCUAUCGUGUUCUUUAUACUACACAAGAGGACGCUACCAGGUGGAGUCGUGUGAUAUCUGGAGAGGAAAACACCAAAGCAGAGCUAAAGGACUUGAAGAUCUACACCAUGUACUGUGUGCGUGUCAUGGGAUACAACAGGAGAGGUGAUGGGAUUGCUUCACUCCCAGUGUGCGCUUACACAGAUAAGGAUGUUCCAGAUGGUGCACCUGCAAAUGUGACCGCCCGAAACUUGAGUUCGACGGAGCUUUUCGUUGAAUGGGACCGGUUGCCAGAAAAGUACCUUCAUGGAGUCUUACUCGGCUACCAGAUGAAUCUCACAAGAGUAGCAACGAAUGUAACAGAAGUUGUAAAAAUCUUACCGAAUGUCACAAGCCAUCGAUUUUCUGGAUUGGUGAUGUACAAUUGUUACGUAAUCAGCAUAGCAGCUAUCAAUGAAAUAGGAAUUGGUGUCGUCAGUCAAGGUGUUAUUGUAUGGACAGACGAGGGUGUUCCCAGCAGGGCUCCAAACAUCUCACAGAUAUAUUACACCAGUUCCACGAGCAUUCGAGUGCACUGGGACCCUCUUCCUCCACGGUAUAUACACGGCCGGUUGCUAGGAUACCGAGUAGAAUAUCGUCGAGUGGAACCAGGUUACCUUAACACAUGGAAAACAGUUGUAGUUGGUGCUAACAUCUACGAUGCCACCAUCUACGGUCUUAAGAAAUAUGGAGCGUAUGUGUUUCAGGUUGGGGCUUUUACCAGGAAAGGAGAGGGAUUGUUGUCCAAAGGUUACAUGAUCAGGACAGACGAGGAUGUGCCUUCUAAGCCUCCGCAAAAUUUUACGGUUGCCAAGGAUAACUCCACUUCAACAAGCCUAUUCAUCCACUGGCGACCAGUGCCUGUAAAUCAUCAAAACGGCAUUAUUCUUGGCUACAGAAUUCUGUAUAAGAAAUCGCGGUCAAGUCAAGAAAAGCUUAGAUCAAGGAACGUGUCAGCUGAAUCAACCACAGUGGAGCUCAAGAACCUCUCCAAGUACACAGAGUACGAUGUUACCAUCUUGGCUUACACUUCGAAGGGGAACGGCGUCAGAGCAAAGUUUUUUACCGUUUCCACGAAAGAAGACCGGCCAAGCAGACCACCAACUUUAACCAAGGUUUUCAACACAAGUUCUACGAACAUUAAAGUGAACUGGAAUCCAAUAGCACACGGCUAUGUCCAUGGAGUAUUAUCCGGGUAUGUCGUUUUAUAUCGUGCUAUGAACGAGUCGCAGGACCUAUACAAGGAUCACGAAGUGGAACCGAACAGCACCAGCGUGGAGCUGACAGGACUAUGGAAGUAUACCAACUAUGGCAUCAGAGUUUUAGGUUUCACCAGGAUGGGCUGGGGUGUCAUUAGCCCUGAAGUUCUCGUACAGACUGAUGAGGAUGCUCCGGGAAGGCCUCCAGAAAACGUCCAAGGCAUCAGCAAAUUCACUCCCACGACGAUCCCGGUGUCGUGGAAACCGAUUGGGAAUCCAUAUUAUGUUCAUGGCAUACUGCUGGGUUAUACAGUGACUUAUCGAGCACUCAGAAACCCUAAUGAAGAGCUGAGUGAAAGGGAAAAAAACAUCACAGUUGGACCGAAUACUUUUUCUCUCGAGCUCCGUAAUUUGGAAUCUUUUACAAUUUACAGCAUCGAAGUUCGAGCAUUUACCAGAAAAGGCAACGGUACACCUUCCUCGAUAAUUUUUGCGGAAACCUGCAACUGCAACAAAAAACUUUACACAAACUAUUGGCUGAACCCCCCAUACAUGGCUAAAGGUGAGAGCGGCAACGUGAGCGGUAUUUUCCCGCCAAUUCUGCGUCUUGUCGUCCGCAGCUGUUGUGGUGAUUGUAAACAACAUGGCUACACAGAAAUUGAUUUCCUUUACUCGGGGCACAACUCUGCAGCUAAGAAAAGUACCGAGAAACAAGUCAGAGAAGCAAUAGAUGACGCGAAAGAGUUAAGCUUUCCCGUUUCCGGACGGAUGGAACAAUUGGAUUAUUCCAAUGAAUAUGGUUUUGCGCCUUUAGUGCAGUCCGCUGGAGUUUCGUUCAUCGUGGCUGGAGACGAACCAGGAGCUACGGCCAAAAUGGUAGUCAAAGCUGUGUUAAACUUGUGGCCUUUGAUCGUGACUGUGUUCAUUUCAGCUUUCUUCUCUGGAAUAGUUAUGUGGCUUAUGGAUUUCAUUUUCAAUGCACAAGAAUUUCCUUCCUCUCCUAUAAGAGGACCAAUUGAAGGAAUGUGGUGGGCCUUUGUAACCAUGACAACUUUGGGAUAUGGAGACCGUGUGCCCCGUGGUAUACACUCUAAGUUGUUUGGAAUAGUUUGGAUCAAUUGUGGCCUCAUCAUCAUCGCACUUGUGAUUUCAUUCAUCACUACGUCUUUGACAAUGAAUGUCAUGAAAUCGGAUAUUGCCGUGUAUGGAUCAAAGGUUUCCGCCAUUGCUGAUACACCGGAAUUUCGUCUUGGAACUCGAUUGAAUGCUCGCAUGCAUGGAGUAGCCACCAUUGAGGACUUGUACCAGUCCUUGAAAGACAGACGUGUAGAUGGCGCCCUCAUAGAUUCCUACACUGUGGGAAGUCGGAAGGAAUUGUUCAGUGAUGGAGUUCUCCGUAUGACCAAGAUAAUCUCUUACUCCUCAGCAUAUGGAGUUGUAAUGGCUGGACAAGCUAGAAAGUUGCAGAAAUGCUUUCGUGAGUUUUUGAGGGAGGAGCGGGUGUCUGUAUUUCAAAUCAUCACCGACAAUGUUCAAGGCGUUACGGGACUUCAGAAAGACAAUACGGCAGAAAAGACAGAGAAUUUGUUUGACGCAGAGUCUGUGGUGUACAUCCAAACGAUGACGUGGUGUGGAGGUGCCUUUGGCGUGCUGACAGUUAUCUUCCUACUAUAUGAGCUAACCACCAGAAAGAAUCGCAAUCCAUCUCCGAAGAGACUCGAAUACAGUGACUACUUGGAAUCUCUGAACAAACAAAAACCUAGGGACAAAUAUGACAACAGCAAAGAAACGAUGAAGACGAUUCUCACCGAAUUUCAUAAAAACUGCCGUCUCAGACUGGAAAAUCUCAAAGCAAAACAUCGACGGGAGUUGCGGCUUUUGACGCGAUUAAAGCAAGAGCAAGCCGAUAAAGGAGGAACUGAAACCUUGAAUGGGAACGUUCAUAAUAAUAACUUUGCAUUCCCUUUUCGAAGGAGCAUUGUACGGCACCAUCAGAACGGAGUGGUACCAUGAUGAAAGGUGCUGAGUCAAGUCACAUGAUGAAACUGAUUCUCUCUAAAGGCGAUAUGGUUCCUCCAGUUAUUAUGAAAUUGCAUUGCCAGAAGUCUCUCCUGAAAUGUUUUCAUGGUGACCCUGUCUUUUGACAAUAGCAUUUAUGUGGAAAUUUUACUUUCUUUAGGUGUAAAAAUUGCCUCAUCAAAUAACAUCCAAUGCAUAAGGAUAAAAUGAGAAUGAAAGGGAAGUUGGCUCUCUUAAAAAAAAAAACCAUAAAAGAGGAAUGGCACUCCUAGAUUAUCCAAGAAAGUGUUGAUUUUCUUUAUAAAAUAUCUGCUUAUGCCGUAACUGUAUAAAAGGCAAAGUGAAAUGAGUGAAAGGAGGUGUAAUUCUGUAGAU